AUGGCGCCCGUUAAUCCGGUCGAGGAGAGCGAGGUGAAGCUGUCGCAGAAUGGCAGCGCGAGCGGUCACGCCGAGUCCCCGAAGGGAUCCCCCGUCGCCGGCGGUCCGGGGGCCUCCAGCGACCCGGUCACGUGGGCGAGCACCAACAAUUUGCAGGACCUGGUCGCGCCCCCCGACCUGCACGCGUACAACAGCGCGGUGGGCGGCUCCGGACACGCCGCCAGCGCGUACAACGAUUCAAACUACGAAGGAACCUCCGACGAGGACCGGGACUCCAACAGGCCGGGGACGUACGAGUUCCUCAAGUACAACACCAGGCAUCUCACCGCGGAGGUUCUCUUCUGCUCGUCCAUGGGUAACCUUCGAAGGCUGAAGAUGGUGCUGAACAAAGCGGGUAAGACCAUCAGGGACGAGAACUACGCCGACUACGAUAAGCGCACGCCCCUCCACAUCGCCGCGAGCGACGGGUCGGUGUUCGUCACCAACUGGCUCCUGGAGCAGGGGGUGGACGUAAACCCCCUGGACCGAUGGUUGAUGACGCCGCUGGAAGGAGCGGUGUUCGGGGACCACCAGGACAUCGUGCAGAUGUUGGUCAAUGCUGGUGGGAUGAUCAUGGAUAGGACGACGAAAACGUUGGUGCCGCUCGAGGAGUCUCACCUCGCGAGCGCGAGCGAGGCCAAGCCCGUGCUCACCGCCGACUUGAUGGCGUGGGAGAUUCCCGACGACGAGUUGACGGAGCGGACGGAGAUCGGCGCGGGUGCGUUCGGGGUGGUGAUGAAGACGAGGUGGCGGGGCACGAUCGUGGCGAUGAAGCAGCUGCACAGGCACCUGCACCACGACGAGGUGGCCAAGGCGGAGUUCCGCACCGAGCUGAAGCUCAUGCGGCAGCUGCACCAUCCCCACAUCGUGCAGUUCCUCGGGACCUCGGUGGAGCCCACCACCGGCUUGGUGUCGCUCAUCUUCGAGUUCAUGCACUCGGGUUCCCUGGAUCAGCUAUUCCGCAAGGCCCAGGUACCGCUGUCCAAGGGGCACGCGCUCGAGCUGGCGCUGGACGUGGCCAGGGGGAUGAGCUACCUGCACGGGAGGAAACCCCAGCCGGUGAUUCACCGCGACUUGAAGCCCGGAAACCUGAUGCUCACGCGCGCGAACAGGCUCAAGAUUGGCGACUUCGGCCUGUCCAAGACGCUCUCGGUGAGGAACAAGAUGCCCACCGACAUCGACCAGAACUUCACCAUGACUGGGGAGACGGGUUCGUACAGGUACAUGGCCCCCGAGGUUUUCAGGCACGAGUUUUACGGCCCGGCGGUUGACGUGUACGCGUCGUCCAUGAUCUUCUACCAGCUCUUCUGCUUCCGCCAGCCGUUCUACGGCAUCAACCCGGUGGAUGCGGCGAAGAUGGCGUCGAUCGAUGCGCUUCGUCCCACGAUGAGCAAGAACCUCAUGCCCCCGGACCUCGCCCGGGUCAUUCGGCUCAUGUGGGACCCCGACGAUCAGAGGCGGCCGACGUUCCCGCAGAUCAUCCAGAUCCUCGAGCCGCUGGCGGAGAAGUACCAGCAGGAGGACAAGGAGAUCGCCGCGGGGGGGAAGUGCUGCGUGAUCCAGUGAUGCGAGGCGCGCGGCGGACGGGAAAGGCGAAUUUGACACGAGAGGCAAGACGGAUUAGCAAGGCGUACAAAUGUUGGGACAAAAUCGUGCUUUAUUAC